AUGACUACUACCGUCCCAAAGGUUUUCGCAUUCCAUGAAUUUUCUGACGUGGCAGAGGCUGUAGCUGAUUAUGUUGUUUAUGCACAGAAUGGUGCUCUUACCAAGAAACUAAAGGAAAGAAAAUCGUCAGCAGUAAAUUUAUCAAUGGAUGAUAGAGGUCCAUCCUCUGCAGAUAUGCAUCGUAUUUUGUCAAAUAAAAGUAUAUCGUCUAGAGAUAGUAGCAAAAAGAAUAAGAAGGAAAAGGAAAGAAGGUUCAAGAUAGCGUUGUCAGGUGGUUCUUUAAUUCAAGUUUUACAUGAAGGUUUAUUGAAAAGAGAUGAUAUUCAAUGGGGUAAAUGGGAUAUUUAUUUUGCAGAUGAAAGACUAGUUCCUUUUAAAUCUGAUCAAAGUAAUUACGGUCAGUCCAAGAGGAAGAUUUUUGAUCUUAUUGAUACAGAAAAAUAUGGUACCCCAAACAUUUAUCAUAUUGAUGAGUCUUUGAUUGAUGAUCCUCAAGAAUGUGCAGAUAGUUAUGAAAAGGUUCUUAUUAAAGGAUUUGCAGGAAGAGAUUCUGUUAAGCUUCCGAUGUUUGAUUUAUUCUUAUUGGGUUGUGCUCCAGAUGGCCAUAUUGCUUCUUUGUUUCCAAAUUUCCAAGAUAACUUACGUGAAAAACUGGCAUGGGUUGUCCCCGUCGAAAAGGCUCCAAGUGGACCAGAAAAUAGAAUAUCGUUAACUAUCCCAGUGAUUUGUCAUUCCCAUAGAGUCAUUUUCGUCGUAGAAGGUGCUGUUAAGGCACCUGUUAUUAAAACAAUUAUGGAGAGACCUGAGAAAGGUUUACCAAGUAGUAUUGUUAAUGAAGGUGCGGCUGGUCGUGUAUCAUGGUUUGUCGAUGAUGAUGCAUUGACCGAUGUCUUUGUUACGAAAAAGAAAUACAAGUUCCAUAACAAGAUUGAAUUCAAUGAACCAUUUAAAGAGGAAACAUCAGAACAGUAA